AUGGAGGGGACGGUGGUGACGGCAGGGCAGGAGAAGCCACAGAAGCGGGUGAGGUUCCGGGUGGCUUCAGGGAACAGCGGCCGGGUUCUGAAAGAGAUGUUCAAAGAUGAGGGGCCUUCAGACUCCCUGGAUUCAGACUGCACCAGCAGCUCAGACGCAGAGCGAGCCAGCACCCCAUCCACAACAGGAGAAGUCCACGGACACCUGUACGGAUUCCUGGGCUCUGAGCUGGACGACAGCGAGAGUGAGCCCGAUGAACUGCUGGUAUACGCGGGGGGCACCAAGGACUGGAUGUUCACCACCAAGAGAGUCAACAUCCUGAGUAAAAACGGGACAGUCAGAGGGGUAAAACACAAAGUCAGUGCGGGUCAGACGCUGUUUGAAAACCUUCCUAAUGCUAUGGGGUUGUCACUCGAGUUUGGGCGUAUUGUGAUCUACACCACGAGUUUCCGUGUGGUGAGGACGACAUUCGAGCGCUGUGAACUGGUGAGGAAGAUUUUCCAGAACCACAGGGUGAGGUUUGUAGAGAAGAACAUUGCCCUGGACAGCGAGUACGGGAAGGAGCUGGAGCAGCGGUGCAAAUGUGUGGGUGAACCUCCCUCACUGCCAGUUGUGUUCAUUGAUGGACACUACCUUGGGGGUGCUGAGAAAAUACUUGGCAUGAAUGAAUCAGGAGAGCUGCAAGAUCUUCUGACAAAAAUCGAGAGGGUACAGCAUCCCCAUACGUGCCAGACCUGUGGAGGCUUUGCCUUUAUCCCGUGCCCGAUGUGCCAUGGCAGCAAGAUGUCUGUGUUUCGCAACUGCUUCACGGAUUCCUUCAAAGCCCUCAAGUGCACUUCCUGCAAUGAAAAUGGGCUGCAGCCCUGUGCAAGUUGCAGUCAGUGAGGGCAUUAAGUGCCUGGACCAAAACAUCUCUCCCUCCUCUACAGGAGAACAGAAAAAUGAGCUAGACUGCAGCUCAGGCAGGCAAAUGCAGCUCGGCAGGAAUCUCUAUCCAUGGCCAUUGUAGUAAAGAAGAUUGGAAUUUCUAAUAACAUCUGCACACUUGUUGAUUUGAGUAUACUGAUUUGUGAUGAAAUAUUGCAAAUUGUCCUUUUUCUUUGGAAAUGUAUCUUCUGCAUUGCAGAAAGCAAUAUCUUUGUAAAAAGUUCAUUGAAGGAUUUUGUACCAGUUUACCCUCCGGGACACCUAAGCUUGUUAGUAAGGAGGCUUCUUAAUCAAUAAUUCUCUCGUCACUAAUCCCAUAUCAGACAGCCCGGGGUUAGGACACAGCAGACACUCAGGACAAACAGUGAAAGUCAAAGGGCUCCCUUUUCAGAUAGCAAAAAACAUCAAGCUGGAACUUUUACAGCAAGGUACAACAAUUUAUUCCAACUAAAGAUUAUAUUACUAAUGUACAAACACAUAGGCUUGCAGGUACCAUCAUCAAAGCUUCUGAUAAUAUUCCAAAUAUUCUGCAUCUGGACAGCAGCUCCAGCUGAGCUCCAGAUGUACAAUUCUUGGUAUGCCAGCAGGUAGCUUCUAAUUUAGAGACAAAGUCAGUUCAAGGUUUACAAUCAUUAAAUUACUUUGCAUCUCAUAAAAAUAAAAAGUUGUUUCAUAAUUAUUUUUGCAACUCUCACGUUACAUGCAUAUGGAGGUUUUUGUUUUUGCAGAGCAGCCAAUUAUUCUUACUGGGAUAAAAACACGACUUGGUCAUAAUUAUGAGAAACUACAUUAUAUUUAAAACUUUAAAGUUAAAAUUCUAUUUUAUAAUGAUCAUUGUACAUUUGACUUGGCGUCUCAUAUUCAUGAUAUAUUAACUAAUACCAGUCAUUUUAUAUUUUAUACUUACAAAAAGGCAUCAUUGCAACAAGACCAGACAUAAUCAGUGUUUAUUUGAGCUGAAAAGUUAUUGUUAUGAGAUACCAUCAUAUCUCAUAAUAAUAACCUAGUUUCUCAGUUACAUUUUAUUUUAAAUAGUGCCUUAACACUAAGUAUUUAUCGUUUUUUUAUAAUUAUUUCUAAUUAAUAAUGAUUAGGUUUGGUGAUGUAAUAUGUUGCAUCCUAUAAAUACAAACUACAUGGAUUGAACGCAUGUGUUGUGCGUUUUUGUUCUUUGCUAUGGAAAAAAAUACAGCCACUC